CUUGGUAUGAUCCACUUGCCCCAGACCUGAGGUCUGACUCUAAGCAGAGAGACACGGCCACUGGCGCUGCUGCAGAGGUGCAUGACUUAAUCUACAGCCUAAAGUCUCAGAGACAGAGAGGGAGAGAGAGGGAGAUGAGCUGUGUCCAGUCUUGCUCUGGGACGGUAGACUGACUGAAGCUGCCGGUAAAGCACGAGUUUUCACAGCUGUGCAUCUCCGUCACUCUGGAGUCAUGAGCUCAAAGGGGACGAACCUCCACAACAAACGUCUUCUAUCGGAGACAGAACAUGCUCAAAGAGUCCUGGACACAGAGUCGGCCCAGCAAAUGAGGCUGAGAGAGAGACAACGAUUCUUUGAGGAGGUGUUUCAACAUGAUGUGGACGUCUACCUCUCCUCUGCACACCUGCAGAUAGAUUAUAAGAGACCUCCCUUAGGAAGCAUCUCAUCAAUGGAGGUGAACGUUGAUAUGCUAGAACAGAUGGACCUGAUGGACAUCUCUGAUCAGGAGACCUUGGAUGUCUUCUUCAGUGCCAGCGGAGAGGAAGGAGGACUGACAUCUCCUCUUCCAGCUCUUGGUCACACUGAAAUAGAAGAGGAUGGAUUGCGGAGAAAUGACGUGUCCUUGAGAAUUUCUGACACUUGUGAGAUCAAAACACGUAUGUUGUCCACUUCUUCCAACUCCACCUGUGACAGUCAGGCCUCCAAUGAGGACGGAUCAAACACUCCUGUCGUCCAAUCAGAUGAUGAAGACGUGCAAGACGAUAGCCUGUUGCAAACAGGAGUGCGCACAGCCAACAAUGCGGCAAAAGAGCCCCUGCCCUCUGCCCUCUCAUUAUAACCUGCCUUCCUAUUUAUUACUGACCGUUUGGAAAGUGUUUCAGGGUUGGGUUGAGUGGUUUUAGCCAUAAAUCAGUCUACCAAAGACCUUCAUGAAAGCUUGCAAAAUUCAACGCAUUCAAGGCCCUAUUACGCCACACUGGGAGUGUCACGCUUUGACAGCCCUGCAUUUCUGUAUUGUCACUUGCGUCUUUUCAACAUUUUACUGUGUCUUUUGCUGUUUUGGGGAAAAAUAUCUGCAGAUAUAGUGACACCACAUACACACCACCAAUAUUUAGCAAUUUUCUUCAUGAAGAUUGAUGCUGAUCUGUAGAGAGACCAAAGGCAUAAUUUUUUAAAAUUAAAACUGAGGUGAGUCUCUCAAAAAAAAAAAAAACAUUUCACCUUAAAUAUCAAAAGAAAACUUAUAAUUAUAUAUAUAUAUAUAACUUAAAAUAUAUAUAUAUAUAUAUAUAUAUAUAUACACACACACACACACACACACACACACACACACACACAUAAUAAAAAACCUCUUGUUUACACCAUUAAAAAGCCAGUUCACACAUUUUUGGUUUCAUAAUGAAUAAUAUAAUAAUUUUUAUUUGAUAGAACUACAGUAUCCAUAUAAGUUUUUAGGGGUUUUUUUUCUUGGCAUUAUGUUAAAUUUAUGCAUUUGGUUGGCACUCUUAUCCAAACUGUCUGUUUUAUUGAAGGUAUGCAUUUUAUCAGUUUAUCCAUUACCUGGGAAUUGAACCAUGAUUUUGAUGUUGUUAGCACCAAGGUCAUGCUCUACUUUCCCCCCUUUUCUUUUCUUUUCUUUUCUUUUUUUAUUUGUAAUUUUUGUUAAUCUUAAUGGUGAUUCUCAAUAAAUUAUUACUGCAUUUUUUGUUACUACAAUAAACAUGGUUUUUAAAUUUAAAUCAACAUAAAAGGCAAUACAACAAAUACUAGCAUGGUGUACAAAUACAGUAUUAAUACAGUAUCAUAAAUUGUUAAUGAGAAUUUAAGAAGAAAUGUGCUUACUUGGGCAUUCAUUUUAUUUUAUUUUAGUGUUUUGCCUUUAUUUACAAGACAGUAAACAAUAAAGUAGGGGUGAGAGGAUGGGGAAUGUACCCAUAACAGCCCAAAAUUGAACCUGGGUACUAUGAGCUCACUGUCAUGUCAUGACCUGUACGCAUUUUCACUGAAAGAACAUGCAACUGCACUGAUAGACUUCAUUUUCUUUAAGCAAAAUAUUAUUUUUUACCUCUUUUGAUUUUUCGUUGAAAUAUUACCCAUUCUUGACAGUUUUUGUGAGGCCUAAAACUGUUGGUUGUAUAUAUAUAUAUAUAUAUUGUUUUUUUAAAUUGUCAGAAUUGUAGCUUUUUUCUUCUUCUUUUUCUUCUUCUUUUGAUCAUGUGCUGAGGAUAUGUCUUCCUCUUUGAUGUCAACAACACCUUAUGCUUUGCUAUCAAAAUAAAGCCAAAAGCCAGAUAAAA